AAGCCCGGGCGAGAUGGGAGCUGUCAGUGACAGCCGAGGCUAGCGCGGGACGUCGCCGCCCGCCAGGCCGGAGUGAGGAGCCGCGGAGCGAGCCGAGAGCUGAGGGGCCAGCGGGGCCCGGGAGCGGCGGGUUCCCUCACCGCCCACUGUGUGCCCGAACCCUAGGCCGGGCGAGUGGCGGGCGGCACCCCAUAUAGCGCGGAGAAUGUGAGGGCAGUGCAGGGCGGUGGGGAGGAGGAGGCGCGGGAGAGGGCGUCGGCAAGAUAGACGGAGAGGCAGCAGGAGAGACAGAGGACAGGGAUCUCGGCGGGUGCAGGUGGGAGAAAGGAGAGGAGGUAAAAGGCAAGGCAGUGGCAGAAAAGGGGAGAGAAAGGAGCAGAGAGCACGCGGCUGCGGGCGGCAGCGCAGGCGACAGGAGGACGGAGCCGGUGCCUCUGGGUGGGAGCGCCGGAAGCCGGAGUUGGGCGCCCCGGCCGGGGAUCUGGUUGAGAGCACCGCCGCGGCCCGGCGGGGCAGGGUUUAGAAGAAGGGACACCCGAGGGGGCCCCUCUGGGAGCAGCGAGGGACCUCAGGCGGGGCCAGCCUGGUAGGGGACGCAGUGCCACUCCACAGGCCCUGCGGGCUGCGCUCCGGGGAUCUGGCGGGCCGGGGCCAGGGGGCCAUUGUGAGCGCCCCAGGAGGGUGAGUCGGGAGUGCGGAGCCGGGUGCGCGGCGGCAGGUGUGUGUGUGUGUGCGCGCCCGGGUGUCGCGUGUGUGCGCGAGUGUGAGCGCCCAGGCGGGUGGGAGCGCGCGUUAGGGAUUCUGCUGGCAUCGCAGCGUGGAGAGCAGGAGGCAGGAGCAGGGCACGCAGGGGAGCGCGGGGGCCCUCCCGUGCACACGCACACGCUGGGCGCGAGCCCGCCCGCCUGCGCGCGCACACACACACACACACACGCCCUCCCCGCCUCGCUCGUCACCGCGGCCACCAUCUCGGAGCCGAGCCCUGCGGAGCUGGAAUCCGAGCCGGAGCGGGAACCGGAGCGGAGCCGAGCCCGGGAAUGCGGCCUCGGAGCGGAGCCGCGCGCGGAGUGCGCGCCUGGGACGGUGUCCCUUUGAAGAGCCCCUGAGCCCACUCACGCCGCAGAAAGGAACCCCACAGCCAUGUCCUGGCUGCCUUGAAUCUGCCUCCCACCAGCAUUGCCGGGCUCUGGCCCUGUCCAGCCACUGCACCUGCUCCCAAGCCUAUUCCUCAUCCCAGCCUGUGCCGAGGGGACUCCUCAAGCUUCAGGACUCAGUGGGGCACAGUGGCAGUCACGGUGAGCGAGAGGAUGCUGGCGGGGGGCGCGAAGAGCGUGCCCAGCCCCCUCCUGGCCUGCUGGCAGCCCAUCCUCCUGCUGGUGCUGGGCUCUGUGCUGUCAGGCUCAGCCACCGGCUGCCCGCCCCGCUGUGAGUGCUCCGCCCAGGACCGUGCCGUGCUCUGCCACCGCAAGCGCUUCGUGGCUGUGCCCGAGGGUAUCCCCACUGAGACCCGCCUGCUAGACCUGGGCAAGAACCGCAUCAAAACACUCAACCAGGACGAGUUUGCCAGUUUCCCGCACUUGGAGGAGCUGGAGCUCAACGAGAACAUCGUGAGCGCCGUGGAGCCCGGCGCCUUCAACAACCUCUUCAACCUCCGGACGCUGGGGCUCCGCAGCAACCGCCUGAAGCUCAUCCCUCUGGGCGUCUUCACCGGCCUCAGUAACCUGACCAAGCUGGACAUCAGUGAGAACAAGAUCGUUAUCCUGCUGGAUUACAUGUUCCAGGACCUGUACAACCUCAAGUCCCUGGAGGUCGGUGACAACGACCUCGUCUACAUCUCCCACCGAGCCUUCAGCGGCCUCAACAGCCUGGAGCAGCUGACGCUGGAGAAAUGCAACCUGACCUCCAUCCCCACCGAGGCGCUUUCCCACCUUCAUGGUCUCAUUGUCCUGCGGCUCCGGCACCUCAACAUCAACGCCAUCCGGGACUAUUCCUUCAAGAGGUUGUACCGGCUCAAGGUCUUGGAGAUCUCCCACUGGCCCUACUUGGACACCAUGACUCCCAACUGUCUCUACGGCCUCAACUUGACGUCCCUGUCCAUCACGCACUGCAACCUGACCGCUGUGCCCUACCUGGCCGUGCGCCACCUGGUCUAUCUCCGCUUCCUCAACCUCUCCUACAACCCCAUCAGCACCAUCGAGGGCUCCAUGUUGCAUGAGCUGCUAAGGCUGCAGGAGAUCCAGCUGGUGGGUGGGCAGCUGGCCGUGGUGGAGCCCUACGCCUUCCGUGGCCUCAACUACCUGCGAGUGCUCAACGUCUCUGGCAACCAGCUGACCACGCUGGAGGAGUCGGCCUUCCACUCGGUGGGCAACCUGGAGACGCUCAUCCUGGACUCCAACCCGCUGGCCUGCGACUGCCGGCUCCUGUGGGUGUUCCGGCGCCGCUGGCGGCUCAACUUCAACCGGCAGCAGCCCACGUGUGCCACUCCGGAGUUCGUCCAGGGCAAGGAGUUCAAGGACUUCCCUGAUGUGCUUCUGCCCAACUACUUCACCUGCCGUCGUGCCCGCAUCCGGGACCGCAAGGCCCAGCAGGUGUUUGUGGACGAGGGCCACACGGUGCAGUUCGUGUGCCGGGCCGAUGGCGACCCUCCGCCCGCCAUCCUCUGGCUGUCGCCCCGCAAGCACCUGGUCUCGGCCAAGAGCAACGGGCGGCUCACGGUCUUCCCCGACGGCACGCUGGAGGUGCGCUAUGCCCAGGUACAGGACAACGGCACGUACCUGUGCAUCGCGGCCAACGCGGGCGGCAACGACUCGAUGCCCGCCCACCUGCAUGUGCGCAGCUACUCGCCCGACUGGCCCCAUCAGCCCAACAAGACCUUCGCCUUCAUCUCCAACCAGCCGGGCGAGGGAGAGGCCAACAGCACCCGCGCCACCGUGCCUUUCCCCUUCGACAUCAAGACCCUCAUCAUCGCCACCACCAUGGGCUUCAUCUCUUUCCUGGGCGUCGUCCUCUUCUGUCUGGUGCUGCUGUUUCUCUGGAGCCGGGGCAAGGGCAACACGAAGCACAACAUCGAGAUUGAGUAUGUGCCCCGCAAGUCGGACGCAGGCAUCAGCUCCGCUGACGCACCUCGCAAGUUCAACAUGAAGAUGAUAUGAGGACGGGGCGGGGGGCAGGGACCCCCGGGCGAGCCGGGCAGGGGAAGGGGCCUGGCCACCCGGCCGCUCACGCCUGGUCCUCCCCACCUCCCCCCACCUCCACACACACUCUUUUUCUCCCUCCCACCCUGUCCCCUGCUGGCCCCCGCCGGCCCUCACCACCUGCCCUCUUUCAACCAGGACCUCAGCAGUCCAGGCCUGGGGACCCCUACCUGCACAGGGGCACACAUUGAUAGACUGGAGUCCGAAGCUGAUGAACCAACAUGCGGCACAGUCAAUAAUUCAAUAAAAAAAAAAAAGUUACGAACUUCCUCUGUAACUUGGGUUUCAAUAAUUAUGGAUUUUUAUGAAAACUUGAAAUAAUAAAAAGAGAAAAAAAACUAUUUCCUCUAGCUAGUCGGAAUGCAAACUUUUGACGUCCUGAUUGCUCCAGGGCCCUCUUCCAGCUCAGUUUCUUGUUUUUCUCUUCCUCCUCCUCCUCUUCCUCCUUUCUCUUCCCUUCCCCUGUGGGGAGGGAUCACUCAGGAAAACAGGGAAGGAGGUUCCAGCCCCAUUCGCCUGCCCACCCGGCCAGGGCAGUUGCCAAGAGCAGGUUGGGUGGCGGGUCUGGGCCCAGCUCUGAGCUGGCUGUUUGCAGGGAGCGGGUGGAGGGAACAGGGCUGCCCAGGGGGGGCAAGGGCCUAUCUGCCGAGCUGCCAGGCAGCACUACUGCCAGGGGGCGGAGGCCUGGCUCGGGUGUGGCUGAGACUCUGGACAGGGGCUGGGGUCCUCCUGGAGGACAGCACAGUCAGUGGAGAGAGCCAGGGACCAGGGCCUAGCUCUGGUCCCAGCUCUGCCGUUGACUUGCUGUGUGGCCUGGAACAGGUCAUUGACCCUCUCUGGGCCUCAGUCUCCACAUCUGUAUAAAUGGAAACACUACUCCCCGCCCUGCCUACCUCACAGGGCUGUUGUGAGGAAUUGAUGAAAUGAUGUAUGUGAAACACUUUGUAACCUGUAAAGCGCUGUGCACACGUG